CGCAUGACAUACUAACCCAGCACAUACACGUUCACCCUACCCAGAACGUCAAUAUGUCUGGACUACCAAGACCAGGACCGCCGGUCAAGCGGAAUACGAGCAUGCGCCCUCCCACGACGCGCCCCCCUCAUCUGGCGCGUGGCCGUUCGGCAACACCUGCGAUGGACGGCCGCUCCUCGCGAGCAGAAUCAGUAGCUUCCGCGAGAAUACCACGAUCGUCACCUCUCAAGCGAAAAAUUGACUUCGACGGCGAUGGAGGAGAGGAAACAAACAUCAACGUCGUGGUCCGGUGUAGAGGGCGCAAUGAUCGCGAAGUACGCGAAAACAGCGGCGUCGUGGUAUCGACCAACGGAAUCAGAGGCACAGCAGUAGACCUUUCCAUGGGUCCGAGUGCGCUGAGCAACAAGACAUAUCAAUUCGACAAGGUCUUCUCCCCGGCUGCCGACCAGGCCAUGAUCUACGACGAAGUUGUGGCACCCAUUUUGGACGAAGUCAUUAACGGCUUCAACUGCACAAUCUUCGCAUACGGUCAAACCGGUACGGGUAAAACCUACACCAUGACUGGUGACAUCUCAAACGUCCUCCCCCUUCCAGAUGCCGCCGGUAUCGUACCACGCGUCCUGUACGCGCUCUUUGAACGCCUCGAAGCCGACGAGAUCGACAAUUCGGUCAAAUGUUCAUUCAUCGAAUUAUACAACGAAGAACUCCGUGAUCUGCUGUCCCCGGACGACGCGACGAAACUCAAGAUCUACGACGAUAACAGCAAGAAGGGCUCUACCACAACUAUGGUUCAGGGUAUGGAAGAGUGCCAUCUUAAGACUGCUACUGAAGGAAUUACAAUGUUGCGCAACGGAAGUCACAAGCGACAGGUAGCUGCGACCAAGUGCAAUGACCUCAGUUCGCGAAGUCACACAGUCUUCACCAUCACCGUCUACAUCAAGCGAACAACAGAGGAUGGCCAGGAGUAUUUGAGCGCCGGAAAGCUCAACCUUGUCGAUCUUGCGGGUAGUGAGAAUAUUCAACGCAGUGGUGCUGAGAACAAGCGCGCAGCAGAGGCCGGUCUUAUUAACAAGAGUUUGCUAACAUUGGGUCGUGUUAUCAACGCACUCGUGGAGCGCAGUUCUCACAUUCCGUACAGGGAAUCAAAACUGACCCGUUUGCUGCAAGACUCACUAGGUGGUCGCACGAAAACAUGUAUCAUCGCAACAUUGUCGCCCGCGAAGAGCAAUCUCGAAGAAACGAUAUCCACACUCGAUUACGCUUUCCGCGCGAAGAACAUCCGAAACAAGCCACAAAUGAACCAGCCCAUCAACAAGAAGACUCUACUCAAAGAAUACACCGCCGAGAUCGAGAAGCUAAAGAGCGAACUGAUAGCGACCCGGCAACGCAAUGGUGUUUAUCUCACGCAGGAGAACUACGAGGAGAUUACCACAGUCAGCGAAUCGAGACGAAUCCUUAGCGAAGAGCAACGCGACCGGCUCGAAACCAUGGAGGUCAACCUCCGUAAUAAGGUGGAAGACCUGUUCAAGCUCACAACCAACUUCCAAACCUUGAAGAAAGACAACGAACAAACGCAGCUGGCUUUGGACGGCACCAAGGGUAUACUGGAGAAGACAGAGAUUGUUCUGGAGCACACGCGUGAAAAUCUGGCAGAAGAGACGGAGCUACGGAAGGCGCACCAGAAGACUGAGCAAGAGCUGGCAGAAGUUGGAAAAGACAUGAUCUCAACGCUCGGCAAGACUACAUCAGCCAUCGAUGGUCUGCGGUCAAAAAUCCGGCGCAAGUCAGAACUCCAAUCCCAGAACCGACGGAAUUGGAGUUCCUCCCAAAGCCAGGUUGUUGAUACUACUCGUAUGGUGGAGGAUCGGAUUGAAGAGUUCCAACAGCAACAAGAACAACUGAUGAACGCCAUAUCAGAACGUAUGCAAUCGUUCGUCAGAGAUGAGCUUGAGAAGCUUGGCACUUCGCAAUCCUUCCUACAGGAAAAGAUGGAGGCAUACCAGACAUCUGAGCAGGAAGUCAAUGGCCAGACUGCACAAGCACGUGAUCACAUGAAUGAAGUUCUAGAAGAGAUCAAAACUCUUCGUGAAGAUGUCAAGACGAAGAUUGGCGCAGGGCUGGAUGAGCUGUCAGCGGCGGCAGAAACAAUCUCUGCCAACAUCAUUACAGAACUGGAUGCUUUCCAUACCCAGGUUCACGCAUCAUAUGCUGGACUAGGCCGUGACUUCAAGACGACUUUUGACGAUCUAGUCAAGAAUCUGAGCGAGCAGCAGACUGAGAACGAACGGCUCCACCAGCAAGUGGUCGAGGCCAACGCAGCUUUGGUCGAAGCGAGCAAAUCUUCUCAGGGUCAGCUAGAGAAGGUCGUGAAUGAGGAGAAGCAGAGGUCGGCCGAAGACCGCCAACAGCUGUUGUCGCAGAUUACCGCGAUCGUUAACGCGAAUGCUGAUGCGCAGGAGAAGAGACUGGAAGAGAAGCUCCAGUCUGUACGAGAGGAGCUGAAUACUGCAAAUGCUGUAUUCGAAACGAAGCAAGAUGCCUAUGCCGAUGGUGUUAUUGCGUGGUCAGAUAAAUCGAGAGACAUCCUCGCAGGUGUCUCGAAGUCAAGAGAUGCUGUCAAGACCAAGAUCAAGUCAGACUUUGCAGCUGCAACUCAGCAUUCCACCUCGAUCAAGGACACGACUACAUCUGUUCACGAAAGCACUGUCAAGACAGUGGAGGCACAGAUGGCACACUUGGACACUCAACUCCAGGCUCUAGACGACAUCGUGGCCCGAGUCCGCGAACAAAACAACACCCACCACACGGCUCACAUCGCGUCGCUGGGUGCUUUGUCGUCGACAGUGGCAGCUUCCUACUCUAGCAUCGGCGAUCAUCUAUCUUCAUCAUUUGAUCGCGUUCAAUCUCUCGAAUCGGACAUGUCAGCACAAGCAAGUACUCUGAAAGAGACCCUGCCAGCACUUGCUGCAGACGCAGACAUUCGUGCGCCGCUCCAAGAGCUUCGCGAGGUCGUUGGUUCGCAGAACUUGAUCGAGUACAACCCCACUGGCGAAACACCCCAACGCGUCUCGUACACUUUCCCCUCAACUCUGCCACGCACCGAAGCACACGAGACAAUCCUCUCUCGCCUUCGAGACCGCCCUACAACCGCCGAUUCCACAGCGCGCAGCCCCUCCAAGCAACCUAUCUUCAAUGACGCUACAAACGCCCUCAGUUCUCCGACCGACUUUACCUUCACGGCUAAUAAACUCAACUUCUCCCACUCCAUCAGUGCGCACGCCCACACCAUCUCAAACAUCCCAACAGGCAACCCCACUUCCUUGCGGGAGCUAGAUGUUAACGUGGUGGCGCAGGAAGCUCAUACUCAGCCUCUUCCCCGUCUCGUAUCCCAAUCAUCUUGCGAUUCGCUGAACAAUGGCGCUCCUCCAAGUAAAAAGAUGCGAACCAACGGCGAUGAUGGAAGUAAGCUUCCCAUGAAGAAGGUGACGAGGAAGACGGUCGGCGUUGCUGGCGACCGUGGUGAUGUAGAGAACAUUACAAACUUUGGCAAUAGCGUCGGCCCUGGACUUGCAGCAGGGAGGAAACUGAGGAGUCAUGGAAGUACUUAGUUACUGAGACAAUGGUUUUGUAUAGUGUGAGCGUUUUGUUCUACUCCUGUUCUAGUCUUGUUUGCAUAGUCACGGCGUUUGGUAUGGGCUACAGGAUACCUGUCAUGUCAACUUCUUCUGCUACUGGCGUUUGGACAAUGGGUUCAAAAGGCUGGGCAUACUUAGGCGUAAUGUCAAUUAAAGCUUUCCCACCUUCAAUGGUGUUUUCAUUUCAUCCUACAAAACGUUCCCUGCAUAUUCCAAGUCUCGAUGGUGUAAACUCUGC